AUGGUGGACCUCGUGUUGGCAAGAGCUGAGCCUGUUCCCACACUGGGACGGAGGGAGGUUUCGCCGCUGGUGAGACGGGGCACAGCUGGAGGAGUCCCGAGGGAGAGGGGACGGAGGAAGGAGACUGAGGAGGGGGGUCCGAGCGCAGGGGGCUGGAGAGGCUCGUGCAGGGAGAGCAGACGGCACCGCCCCCCAGGGCCAGGAGCAGCUACGGUGUGUGCACGCUUGCUGCGCGCCCAGGCUCUACAGGGUUUCAAGGGCGGGAUCGCACGUGAUGCGCAGAACCGCCGUCUGUGGCCUCGGUCGCUCCACCUUCCAGAGGAGCAACCGGAAGCUCACAACGGCGAACUCUUCGCUCGGGACCACCCGGCGGCGGGGCGGCAGGGCGGUGAGAAAGCCUCCAAAUGGCGGGCGCGCACUGGACCCGCGCACGCGCGCUGGGGCUCGCUGCGCCCCUGUGACCCAGAAUUCCACGGCCUCGGAAGAGACCAUAGGCUCUGCAGGAGGGGGGAGUCCGGGGGCGGCACCUGCACCAUUAAACGGGCCGGAAGUUCCGUUGAGUCUUUUGCCAUGAUCCGCCUCCCUUCUGUGAGGGGUGGAAUGUUCCGACUCCUUAAGAGGCUGGGACGGGGGAGGCCUGCCCUUUCUACUGUAGAUGUUGGGCGGUUGGCGGGCAGACACACUCGCUUUUGGAGACGGGAGCAGCAUCGCUACCCGAGGUUUAAGAGCCAGUUUGGGUUGCAAGUUAGUGAAGGGUGGCCAGCGCGUCAUCACCGACAGCUGAGGAUGGGAGCCCAAGCGCUGGCCUGCUCCGAGGUUUUGAGCACUGAAGAGUGGGGUCGGCGCAGCAGAGUUCUAAAGCGGGCGGCAGUGGCAGCAGCACCGCAGCCCAAGAAGAGGCUAUGCUGCAGCAGGGGCAGAAUUUGAAACCCAAAGGACCAGGGGCAGCCAUCAACUUGGACCCUGAAAACCUAGGCUCCCACACGUGGUGUAGGAACACUCACCUUGUACUGAGUAUCAGAGGGACGUUCUCGCCAAUGAGAGCGCCAGGAAAUGGAUUUGGCAACCUUCUUCUGGGACCGCGCGGACUGGCACUUCUGGUGUCAUUGAAUUCAUGAGUGUUCUUGUAUCGUCCCUUAACCAAAAGGAGCUUUUGUACUUUUAAAUAUUGUAUAAAUGCGUUCUUGGGUGAGAGCCUGAGGUUUCUGAACUGGAAACUUCCAGAAAUUUCUAUCUCCAUGCAGUUAACCAUAAACUGUGUAAUAAACGUAUGGUCUUUGG